CAAAGAGAGCAGGAGAACAGGGAAAUUUUAUCCCAGUCUUACUUUGAAGAGUUGAGAGGAACAUCAAGUCAAGUUAUACAAGUUCUGUAGUGUGUGUGUCUUUCUCUAUCUAUUCAGGAUGAAGUGGACUUGCCUAUUCUUCCUUCUUGGAUACCUGCUUGUUGGUGAACAUGUUCUGAGUGCUACAGCCUCCAAACGAUUUCGAGAUGUGAUGACUCAUGGAAAAGCAUAUUCUCAUAACAUAUACCACCACAGGCUAAAUCACUGGUAUUCUGAUCAUAAUAACUGGAAUGAUAAGCUUUAUCCUACCUGGGAGAAAGGAGACCCCAGAUGGAAAAACUGCUGGAAAGGGGGUAGAGUAAUAGCUAGUUUGACCAGUGAUAGCCCAGCUCUUGUAGGCUCUAAUGUGACAUUUAUUGCAAUGCUAAAAUUUCCCAGAUGUCAGAAGGAAGAUAAUGACAGUAAUAUAAUAUAUGAUCGAAAGUGCCUAAACAAUUCUUUAGUACUUUCUGAUGAAUAUGUUUAUAAUUGGACCCAAUGGAUUGAUGACUGUAGCUGGAUAAACUGCACAUAUAACAACAGCUAUAAUGUUUUCCCAGACGGAAAAUCUUUUCCUUAUCACCAUGGAUGGAGGAGAAGGAAUUUCAUAUUCAUAUUUCACACACUUGGACAAUACUAUCAAAUAAAGGGAGGUUCAUCAGUUAUGAUGUCAAUCAACACAACAAAUAUCACUAUUGGUAAACAACUAAUGGAGCUGGCAGUUUACAGAAGAGGUUAUCGCUCAUUUGUACCUGUAACCACAUCAAAUACUGUUUAUGUUGUAACUGAUCAAAUCCCCUUCUAUGUGAAUAUAUCACAGAAGAACAAUCGCAAUGUUUCAGAUUUUAUCUUCAUCAAGGAUAUCCCUAUUAUGUUUGAUGUUCAGAUUCAUGAUCCUAGCCACUAUCUGAAUCAUUCUGAUAUUUCUUACCACUGGAAUUUUGGAGAUGGCAGUGGAUCAUUUGUUUCCAACAAUUCUAUUUCAACACAUACAUACACACUUCUGGGAAAUUUCAGUGCUAACUUAACUGUUCAAGCUAUUAUACCAGUACCUUGUGGACCAGUGACAGCUUCUCCUUUACCUACAUUUCCAGCAUUCACUACCCAAUUGCCUUUUAAUACAACCCCCACCUUCCCUAACUUUACCGAGGUGCCCACAGGACAGCCUCCUGUUGAAAGGUGCAGUAUCACUCGAUAUGGAACUUACAAAGCAACACUUACCAUUGUAGAGGGGAUCCUUGAGGUAAACAUUGUCCAAAUGACAAGCGUCCAGAUGACAGCCACUCAAGUUGGAAGUUCCAUGGUUGAUUUCAUAGUAACCUGUCAAGGAAGUCUACCUACAGAUGCCUGCACAUUAAUUUCUGAUCCCACAUGUACGAUGUUACAGAGUGAGUCAUGUCACCCUGUUGAUGUUGCUGAUGUAUGUUUCCUAACCAUAAGAAGAAUCUUCAAUGAAUCUGGAACCUAUUGUGUCAACAUCACACUGGCUGAUGCAACAAGUCUAGCACUCACAAGUACUUUGAUCUCCAUCAAUGGAGCUGAAGCAUCCUUUUCAAGAACAGCAGAAGGAAUUCUGGUUACAUGUGGUUUCUUGGUGGUGCUUGGUGGUUUCCUGACUUUCUUCCUUUACAAGAGAUAUAAAGAAUAUAAACCUAUUGAAAGAAAAUCAGGUCAAGAGAAAUCCAGAGAAGGACUAAGUGUUUACUUCAAUAAUGUGAAGGCUGUUCUUUUCCCAAGAGGCAAUGAGAGAGAUCCUCUGCUGAAAAGCAAGCUGGGGAUUGUCUGAUUCUUCAGAAUAACAUUUUAAAAUCACAUGUUAAAAUUUCAAGCUUUACACUGAACUACAAUUUCUGUAGGAAUGCUCUUAAAAAGGGAGGAAAGAUGGCAUACUUGCAUUACAUACAAAUAAAAUAAAAACUAUCAUUCAAUUCACUUGAAAUUAUAAAAUAUCAGAACAUCAAGAAAAUGUGAUAUUUUAGUUGCUUAUCUUGAAUAUACUACAAUGUAUCAGUUAAUGAACAAUGUAUAAGAUAACUUUUAUUGUCAUUUUUUUUAUUGUGAGCACACUAGCCCACAUUAAAAAUGAACUUCUGUUUCCUGCUCUUCAAGAGAAAAUGUAUAUCUAACCAAACAGAUACAACACAUGCAUUAUAAUGGGUACAUUAUAUUGGGGAUUAUAUACCAACAUAUUACAUUAUUGCAGAGAUUUGUCUAGAUAGUCACUAGGCAUCAAUAUUGCCUGAAAAGCAUAAAUAAAUGAAUAAAUAAAA